UCGCCGAAUGCUGAGGCCAUGGAGGUGGAUCGGCACGACCACCCAGGGGUCGAAGGAUACAGGGUCCUGUCCCCCACCUACGAGUCCAGUGCGCAGAUCACGCCGCUGCAGAUUCCCCAGCGCCCCACCGUGUCCGCCAUCAGAUAUUCUCAGUAUUUGGAAAAUGCCUCAAAGGUUCCCCGGACUCCCUGGGGCACCGGGGGGGAACAUGGAGAAGGCAGAACACUGGGACUACAUGAGUGUCACGAGCCAAAGGCCAAGUAUCCAACAGUGGUGGUGAAGGGACACAAACACUUUGGUUAUGGUGGAUACCCUCUUCCUAGCGAUGUUACCAUUGAUCAGUAUUAUGAUCUCACCCAGCUGAAGAGGAGUCAACUUCGUCCCACUGAUCAGCUGCUUCCAGCUGCAGGGGAGUUUGCAAUGGAUCAGAAGCAGAUACGGCUGCCAUUUCCUGCUGAACAUCCCUUCCAUUCCCACGUUUCCAAGUUCACAGUGUUCCCAAACUUCACCUCACCAGAUGACCCAUACACCGGUGUACGAGCUGGACAUCUGCAGCCCAUUAAUCCUGAUAUACCUGCGAAAAAUUAUGAUGUGAUUGUAACUCAGAAAACUAAAGGAUUUCCAUUUAGACACGAGAAACAGGAAAUCCCCACUGAGGCUGAAGGUUUACAAUGGCCAGGACAAGAAGGAUAUUUUCAAUAUCCUAAAUCAGCCGCAGGACGCAAGCCAACAUUUUAUCCCACACCACCGAAGGGUAUUGCCCCCAACAUUACACAGCGAUCCAUUGAACACGUUGUUUCUGAAAGAACUGCUAAUAUACUGAAAACCAUUGAGAAAUCUCUCUGGCUAAGCACACACAAAAGGGAUUUCACAGGUAAUGGACCAAUGAAUCCAAUUCAGUUAGACGAUUACUUCGAUAAAAAGAUGACAAAACUGACAGGAAAAUACAGCUACUUUACAGAACUGAAAGAACAAUCUCAUCCAACCUCGUUGCCUAAUCCACCCUUGCGCCCCCCGCGGGAAAAAGAAAGCAGUAAUGAAGGUUGUGCAGAUGAUGACUCUGACUAUCAGUGUGCUGAUGCCUCUCCCACUCUGGCGAGUGUACCGGCUUAUGAAGCAGUUGAUGUGAAAUCACAGCCACCGACAUGUGAAGCUAACUCAGUUUCACCAACCGCUGGGACAAGUCCAACAGCUAAUGAAGCAAAUCUAAUAAAUUGGAGCAAUACAGAUGGCCAAACAACUGCCCCGCCAAACAUUUUCUGCCCUUAUUCAGACAUCCAGAUGUUAAGAUACAAAGUUGAACAGAAAGGAAAUAAUGAGAAACCAUCUGCAUUUUAUCAGCAUCAGAAAGAAAGGGUAAUGGAUUGUUGGAAAACUCCUGUCAUAGAUGUGAGUCCAAUUUGCAGAACAGGAGACUUUGAGGAGCUCACAGAAAGACCAAAAUCAGUGAAGAAUGACAUCAUCUAUGCAGAUUUACCUCAGAGCAGAUUGUUAAACUAUACACCAAAAGAAAAUCAUAUAGCAUUGAACAAACCGCCUUCAGCAAAUGGUACUGUUGACGAUGAAGACGAGGUACAAUGCUUUAAUAAGGGCAACUGUGCAUCUGGUGACUUCCAGCCAACAUCCUGUUCGAUUGAAAACGAAGAAUUUUACCGGAUACUCCAACAGCCACGCAUCGCAUGGGGUAAAACGCUGAUUUGCGAUGAACCCAAGCUUCGGGUCUCAAAACUGAAAUUCCCACUUCCUUUUGAUAAGACACAACAGCAUAAGAAAUUACACCAGGUGUCUCCAGAAAAAUCAAUGGAUUAUCGGGAAAACAUUUACUCAGGCAGAAAACACACUUUCUUUGGUUUGAAUUCUUCUUAUUUCCACAGUGGAACGCUUUAA